AAAUGGCGAAGCACUAGCCUUAGAAGAUCCUGUGGGCUCAGGUGUGCUCUCUUUUCUACGCGGCUUAGAUGCUUCGAUCUUGGGUCAUCUACAAAGACGACGGCCAAUCUAGAGAUGCAGCCAAGCCUUACCAGCAUCACGCUCUCCGCUCACACAUAUCCAACAAGCUCAUUCUCGUCCACAAUCAUAUGAUCUCCACUCGUAGCAAUCAUCUUGUCUCUUCAAUUGUCCAAAACCCGCUUCCUCCAGUGACCGUCAAGGUGCUCCGUAUUGAGCGGCCGAACGAGCUUUGACAAGGGUCGGGUGGUCCAAGUUGCGCGGGACAGGCACGCGCACGUACAUGGUGAGUAUCGGGACUGGUUUGCGAUAGGCUACACUGGCGCUGGAGGGCAGGACGGUAGGCAGUGACCUACGAAGUCGAAGGAACGCCGACCACCUGAUCCACGGAACGUCGGCUAGGCCGAGGUCAUGUCUAGUUGGACAAACGGACCUCUCCUUCCUAAUCGGCAGCGCCGCAAAUGUGUGUUAGAUUUGGGUGCCCGUGCCACUACUUGGAGCCACACGUGGCGCUGGUAGCUGUUACAGAGACGAUUCGGGCGGUCGUGGAAUCUCGACGGGCUUCAUUAGCCACGAGCACAGCACGCAUCAGAUCUCAAGUCGCACCUCUAACACGAGUAUGGCCUUUCUUUUCCAGGUGCCGCGACCCUUCCCUGCCGACCGCACCGCCGCCAAUGCUCGAUCCGUCCGACCAGCUCGAUCGCGAUCGACGAACAGACUUUGACGUGACAAACUCUUCCCUUCCAGCUUCCCCUACGAGUUGGAAGGCUUCUCAUUUACAUUACCGUUCCUUG